GCGGCGGCGGCCGCGGCUCCCGGGGCGGUCUCAGGCCGGGGCCGAUCGGGGCAGGUUGCAGAGGCUGGUGGCCAUGGAGCGGGGCUCGGAGUCGGCGACCGUCAGGCGGCACCGCGUCGGAGGCGAGCGGCGGGACGGACCGGCGGCUGCGCGGCCGUCGGAGCGGGCGGCCCCGCAGCAGGAGCCCCCCGGGGACGCGCUCGGCGGCGGCCGCGAGAGGACGCGGAAGCGGAGCGCCGGGGGCAGCGGCGAGCACCGCGGGGGCCCGCGCGGACUGUCCGAGGCGCGCGCCGCGCUGCUGCUGGCGCUCUACCUGCUGGCGCUGCGCGCGCUCGUGCAGCUCUCCCUGCGGCAGCUGGUGCUGCGCGGCCCCACCGGCCGCCCCGGGGACUUCGACGCGCGCCGAGCCAGGGAUUAUCUUGAACAUAUAACGUCAAUUGGCCCCAGGACUACAGGAAGUCCAGAAAAUGAAAUUCUGACAGUUCAUUACCUUUUGGAAGAGAUUAAACUGAUUGAAACUCAAAGCAACCACCUGCACAAGAUUUCGGUCGAUGUACAGCGGCCCACGGGUUCCUUCAGCAUUGACUUCUUGGGAGGUUUUACAAGCUACUAUGACAACAUCACCAAUGUCGUGGUGAAGCUGGAGCCCAGAGCUGGAGCUCAGCAUGCCGUCCUGGCCAACUGCCAUUUCGACUCAGUGGCAAACUCACCAGGUGCCAGUGAUGAUGCAGUCAGCUGUUCGGUGAUGCUGGAAAUCCUCCGCGUCCUGGCGACAUCUCCAGAAGCCUUACAGCAUGCUGUCAUAUUUCUCUUUAAUGGUGCCGAGGAAAAUGUCUUGCAAGCCAGUCAUGGUUUCAUUACUCAGCACCCCUGGGCCAACUCAGUCCGUGCAUUUAUUAACUUGGAGGCAGCAGGUGUAGGAGGAAAAGAACUCGUGUUUCAAACAGGUCCUGAAAAUCCAUGGUUGGUUCAGGCCUACGUUUCAGCAGCAAAGCACCCAUUUGCUUCUGUGGUGGCUCAGGAGGUUUUUCAGAGUGGAAUCAUUCCUUCAGAUACUGACUUCCGUAUCUACAGAGACUUUGGGAACAUUCCAGGAAUAGACUUGGCUUUUAUUGAGAAUGGAUACAUUUAUCAUACCAAGUAUGACACAGCGGACAGAAUUCUAACAGAUUCCAUUCAGAGAGCAGGUGACAACAUUUUAGCAGUUCUUAAGUAUCUUGCUACCUCUGAUAUAGUGGCUGCUUCCUCAGAGUAUCAGCAUGGAAAUGUGGUCUUCUUUGACGUGCUUGGCCUUUUUGUUGUCGCCUACCCGUCUCGGAUGGGCUCGAUCAUUAACUACAUGGUGGUAAUGGCUGUUGUUUUCUACCUGGGCAGAAAACUGUUGCAGCCCAAACGUAAGACUGCUAACUAUACAAAGGACUUCUUCUGUGGACUUGGCAUCACCUUGAUAAGCUGGUUUACUAGCCUGGUUACUGUUCUCAUCAUAGCAGUGUUCAUCUCGCUCAUUGGCCAGUCACUGUCAUGGUAUAACCACUUCUAUGUCUCCGUAUGUCUGUAUGGAACGGCAGCUAUAGCCAAAAUAAUACUUAUACAUACUCUUGCAAAAAGAUUUUAUUAUGUGAAUGCCAGUGACCAGUAUCUGGGAGAACUGUUUUUUGACAUCUUGCUGUUUGUGCAUUGUGGUUUCCUUGUAGCUUUCACUUACCGUGGACUAUGCUCAGCAUUUAUUAACGCUGUCUGGGUGGCAUUUCCAUUGCUCACAAAGCUUUGCGUGCACAAGGACUUUAAGCAGCAUGGUGCCCGAGGAAAAUUCAUUGCCUUUUAUCUUUUGGGGAUGUUUGUUCCUUAUCUUUAUGCAUUGUACCUCAUCUGGGCAGUGUUUGAGAUGUUUACCCCUAUCCUUGGAAGAAGCGGUUCGGAAAUCCCACCUGAUGUCGUCCUGGCUUCCAUUUUAGCUGGCUGUACAAUGAUUCUCUCUUCUUAUUUCAUUAACUUCAUCUACCUUGUGAAAAGCACAAGAAAAACGUUGUUGACUUUAGCUGGAGUGAGUGCAAUUACCUUCCUCCUUGUUUGCUGUGGAACUUUUUUCCCAUAUAGUUCCAACCCUGACAGCCCAAAGCCAAAGAGAGUGUUUCUACAGCAUACGACUAGAACCUUUCAUGGCCUAGAUGGAAACGUAGUUAAGCAGGACUCUGGAAUAUGGAUCAAUGGGUUCGAUUACACUGGGAUGUCUCACAUAACGCCCCACAUUCCUGAGAUCAAUGAUACCAUCCGAACUAACUGUGAGGAGAAUGCACCCUUUUGUGGUUUCCCGUGGUACCUUCCAGUACACUUUCUGAACAGAAAAAGCUGGUAUCUUCCUGCCCCAGAAGUCUCUCCAAGAGAUCCUGCACAUUUCAGACUUGUAUCCAAAGAACAGACACCCUGGGACUCUGUAAAACUGACAUUUGAAGCGAAAGGACCAACACAUAUGUCAUUCUAUGUUCGAACCCACAAAGGGUCAACGCUCUCUCAGUGGUCUCUUGGCAAUGGGACUCCAGUCACAAGUAAAGGAGGAGACUACUUUGUAUUUUACUCCCAUGGACUCCAGGCCUCUGCCUGGCAAUUCUGGAUAGAAGUACAGGUCUUGGAAGAACAACCCGAGGGAAUGGUCACCGUGGCCACUGCUGCCCACUAUCUUUCUGGGGAAGAAAAGAGGUCCUCCCAGCUGGAUGCUCUGAAAGAGAAGUUUCCAGAUUGGACAUUUCCUUCUGCCUGGGUGUGCACCUAUAAGCUCUUUGUUUUUUAAUCUUGUAGAUGAACUUUUAAGACCAUGAUCCAGUGAGAUAGUCUGUGUGACAGUUUUGUCCUUUGUUACACAGAAAAAAUGCAAGCCAGUGAGUUUUUAAUGAGUAUGAGUUCAGAGUUUUGUGGGCUAACACCUUUCAGGUCACUAUAAUGGUUAUGCUGUUAAGUAGUGAUGCAUGGCCUUUAUGACACUUGAAAAAUACCAGUUUUCUGGUACAUAAACACCUGUGGGUACUGCCACUACACAUUUGCAUCUUUUCUAUGACCUUAAGGACAAAAGCCAACAAACCACUUCAGUUAUUCCUUUAGGAUCAUGAAAGAUGUAGAAGGUAAGACAAAUAACAUUUCUCAGUGAAGUCCUAGACCAUUUUGUGUGAAUAUGGUGGAGACCUAACUCUGUUGGUCCCUGGAGAGCAAAUGUAAGUGCUAGGGAACACCCACGGGGCUUUUGCGCCUCAGCCUGUGCCAAGAGUCCUGCUCCUUCAGGCCUUUGGACCAUGCUUUCUCCGCUGCACUGAAGCCCAGGACCCCUGUUAAGUGGCUCCUAUCCUGACAGGGGUGCCCUGUGAUUUAUUAUUACACUUUGACUUUUUUUUUGUUUGUUUUUUUGGGUCACACCUGGCAAUGCUCGGGGGUUACUCCUGGCUCUGCACUUGGGAAUUACUCCUGGUGGUGCUCAGGGGACCAUUUGGGGUACUGGGGAUGGAACCCAGGUUGGCUGUGUGCAAGGCAAAUGCCAUACCUGGUGUACUUUCGCUCCGUUCCCUUUAUGAUACUUUUAUUGCCUGUUUUCCUCUUAAACCUCUGAUUCCUCUCUCCACCAUAAUCAUUUUGAGAAAAGGAGCAUUUAUUCAGCUAUUUUCUGUAUUUUUCAACUCUUAACUUUCUUCUUUGAAGCACUGAGUUGUCAUGGUGACUAAUCUGAGUGAGGAGAGUGGGGAGGAGGCUGGAAAUUUUCCAAAUAUAUCUGUUUUGAAGGAUUCACCUGCUAACCAAGGUUAGUGCUUAAUUCUAUUGAUGCCCUGCAUCUGUACUUCUCAAGUGUCUUUUGUCCAAUUGAACAGAUCCGUUUCUUAGUUACUGUCCAGUGGACUUGUUUUUCCUGAGACGUGAGGUAGUUGGCACUGGAGAGAAACCACUAGACAUGUAACCGUGGCAUUCAGAUCAUGUCUAAUGGAAGCCUUGGGACUGAAAGGUGCUUUUUACUUUGAUGAAGAUGGGCAUGUAGCUCGCAAGGCAUAUCACAGCAGUGCCUCUUACGAUUUAGUGGGUCCAGUGGCAGCUGCAGCAGAAGGGUUUAGUGAGAUCAGUGCUAAGUUCUGCUAGAUUCCGUCUUUUUCAGGAAGUGGAAAAAUGCCUAGGCCAAAAAAUGUUUUAAAAGCCAUAAUAAAACAAUAGUGGCAUCAAAUCCAAGCCUAGUAUGUGUUGCUGGAGGAAACUCUUAAGGCUACUUGUACAUUAUACUUUUCUUUACCAUACAACUAUUGCUUAACUGAAUUGUAACUCCUGAAAAAAUUUUGACUGGGUCUACACUGAGAGGGCUGUAGCCAGAGCUAAAAGACAUGUAAAUUUACAACGUGCAGAUGCUGAACUUGCAACUACUCUUGUCCUUGGAUUUUGUAGAAACCAUGCUUUAACAGUCUCUGAUGCUCUCAGUCUAUGGCUGUCAAGUAUUUCUGCCAGGCAGUACAUGUUUGCAGUGUUCAUUGCUCAUAUAAUCACAGUUGUGGAGAAAAAGAAACAGUAAUAUCAAUGAAUUUGAAAAUGUGGAUAUAUUUUUUUUGUCCCCGUGGUUAUUCUGAUAUAGAGCACAAGGAAUUGUAGCAAAGGAAAAAAAAAAUCUGUAGUGAGAAAGGCACUAAGGAAAACAAAUAGUUCCUCUGAUUCCUCCUUUAAGGAUGUUCUACCCUCUUUCAGCAAUAAUCAUGAUUUUUCUCUUUGCCUUUGGGUUAUUUUCCUAUUUAAACAAUUUUAUUUUUCUUUAGCAUUAUGAAGCUUCAAGAUUUUGUGAGGUCAGUAGCGACAAAAAUGUUUACUAGUCUCAGGGCAUGCUUAAUAUUCUGGGGAAUUGUUUUAUGUUUAGAAAUGGUUAAGUAAUUAUACACAAGUUCAUGACUGUUAAUAAUAAGCACACUAGCAAGCAGAUCAGUAGCCUCUGAAACUAAAGGACUUUUUUUUCCUAAAAUGCAUUAUUUUCUACAGAAUUUAAAUGUAAGCAGCACAGAACUGAACAUUCAGUGAAAGAAGGAAGAAUUAUGGUUUUUGAAGAAAUUCUGUAAAAAGACACAUUGAGUCUGACCUAAGAGCUAUUGUAUUAAGUACUUCUGUUCAUACAAAAUUAUGAUAGAAUUCUAAAAUGUUAGAAGUGGGCUGGGGUUGGGGGUGGGGCAUAAACCGAGCUUACUGACUCAGGAAAUGUAGAAAGAAACGAUCAUGUCCAUCCAUUUGGUUCAUUGGUUUGCUGAUAUGCUGAGGACUAAUUGUUGCCUUACAAUGUUAUUAAAAUAAAAUUUUUAACCUGCUAGUAUUGAGGUUUCUUUAAUAAAUCUUUGUUAAUGUUAUGUUCUGUUGUAUACCCACAUUUGAAGAAGUGCUGUUAAGCCUCUGUAAGUAUAUAAUUAUUACUAUAUUAAUGGGUGAUGGACAUGAAGAACUUGCUACUGAAACACUAUUUCAGUUGGAAUCCCCUGUAACUAUGAAUAAAAAGGAUGUCUAGUAAAUGUUAAAAUUCUCACA